AGACAAGAGUGGGAGCGAGGGGACAUGCUAGUAUAAAGUCAGCAGCAGGUCAGUGACGGCAGUCGGCAACGAACUCUACAACGAAUUGGUGUACGGAUGUGCCAAGUUGCCGCCUAUUGCCGAAUCGUGCCGAAUGCCGAGCUUCGAUUCAGUCGACCAGUAAAAUAUAAGCAGCAUUAUUCCGUUCAAGACUAAUUCUUACAAAUAGUUUAGUUAACCUAAUGAUAAAGUUGAUUUCGCGGACUCAUCCGUCAGCAGCAGCUUACUCCCCAACCAUGCUUUGAGGUUAUAAGAAAGACAGCUAUAUAUCCAGUGUAGCAGCAGUUGCCAGUGCAGGCAGUGCGGAGUCAAGUAGGUAUCGAAGAGGUGUAAGUGGCCGCGACUGUUCGCGGCUGUUGAAACCGUCAUCAAAACUGCCAGCACGGCUCAGUUGAUUUCUUUGGUGCACCGAUGAACAUGCUAACCGCGACCUCGAGUGCAACAGUGCGGGAGCGAGGUUCGGCCUCGCUGGCCGUUUGACGAACAUUGAAGCGGCGCCGCGCGUUUGGGAAUGGUCUGGUGCCACUACUUUUUGUACUGACACUAUAACCCUCCUUCGAAAAUGGUCAAGGAGAAGCCCAACUCCAUUCGUAUCUAUGAUUCCGAGGGUUACCGGCGCAGGGCAGCUUGCAUUUGCGUUAAGAAUGACCUCGAGGAAGAGGUUCUGUUAGUAACAUCUAGUCGAAGGCCGAACAGCUGGAUUGUUCCUGGAGGAGGUGUUGAACCAGAAGAAGAGCCUGCAGUCACGGCUCUCCGAGAAGUAAGAGAAGAAGCUGGAGUUCUCGGACAGUUAGGCAGAUGCCUUGGCAUUUUUGAGAAUGAUGAACAUAAGCACAGAACCCAAGUCUGGGUCAUGCGAGUUACAGAGGAAUUACCUGAGUGGGAAGAUUCGCGUUCCAUUGGCCGUAAGCGCAAGUGGUUCUCAAUACCAGAGGCUUUGCUCCAACUCGCACAACACAAACCUGUUCAACGCUCUUACAUACACAGCCUACACAACACAAACCCUCGUCGCAAUAGCUCCAGCAUGCCUCUGGCGCAAUAUCCGCACAGUCCAAUAGCACCUAUCCAAUUGGUCAACAAUUCUGCAAACAACCCUCAUUUUAACAAGCACAGUUAAUGUUCCAAGUAUCAUUAAUUUGUAUGAGGCCAGCAAACAUCUCCAUCCAAUCUCAAACACUUGUCCCAACUGUCCUUUGUGAGGAUUAUAAUAAUUAUUACUGCUGUAUUUUAUACAUAUAACUAUUAAUUAUGCUAAUUAUUAAUAUGAAUUGCUAAUAAAUUGGUCCAGACAGGAACAAUUAGAUCAAUUCUUUUCUUAUAGUCUCUCUUAUAAAAAAUUCUAAUUUAAACUGAAUAUUUUUAAUGAUUAGUUGUUGUAUUGGUAUAAAUAUUUUUGUGCUACAUUUUUUUAACUAAUAGCAUAGAAGAAAUGCUAUAGUAUGUCAUAGGUUUAGGUCUGAGUGAAUUUACAUAUGUUCACAGUCAUAUGACUGAUGAUAAUAGAUAGAUCAAAUACAACACUAACUAUGUCUACAUUUUUCAUGUAAUAAAUAA